AGCGUAUUGAGCUUCUGAUUUUAAGGCCACGUACGGGAAAAGCUAUGGCGAACACCGGCACACAAGGAAACUCAUCUCGAGUUGUGUUCUCCAGUUAUGUUGUAAUAUUCCUUUUUACGUGUGUUCUUGUUGGUUUUGUACACAGCCAUGAACAUGGCCACGCCCAUGAUCAACCUGAAGAAAAUCCGUCGUUUAAAUAUUCGAAGAAAGCCAAUGUAGCAGAUGGACAUGGACACGCACAUGAUGAUGGACAUGGACACGGGCACGCUCAUGGACACGCUCACGACUCACAACCGCCCGUCACCAGUAAGACUGUUCACAGAGAAACAGGACUUAUGCUAUGGGUGCAAGCCAUAGGAGCUACGUUUAUUAUCAGUAUAUCUCCUGUAUUCAUUUUAUUAUUUAUACCUUUAGAAAACACAAAAGAAAGUUCACCAUUAUUAAAAGUUUUACUAAGUUUUGCCUCUGGUGGUCUCCUUGGUGAUGCAUUUCUUCAUCUCAUCCCUCAUGCUGUGUCGCCCCACAGCCACGACCCAGAGCAUUCCCACAGCCAUUCCCAUGGUGGAGAGGAAGGACACUCACACGAUAUGUCUAUUGGUCUGUGGGUACUCGCAGGAAUUGUUGCCUUCCUAAUUGUGGAGAAGUUUGUACGUUACGUUAAAGGUGGACAUUCUCAUUCCCACAGCCAUGGGGCUGGUCAAGCUGCAGAUAAAAAGAAUGUGAAAAAGGAGGAUUCCCAAACAACUGAUGCAGGAAAAACUGACAAGAAAGAUGACACUGUCAGUAAAAAAGAAACAAAAAAUCCAGCAGCUGCGCCAGUAGAGGAUAUCAAGGUGGCUGGCUACCUUAACCUUGCUGCAGACUUUGCCCACAAUUUUACUGAUGGGCUAGCCAUUGGGGCCUCAUUCCUGAUGGGUCGUAACCUCGGGAUCAUCACCACUAUCACCAUAUUUCUGCAUGAAAUUCCACAUGAAAUAGGAGAUUUUGCCAUUCUCGUGCAGUCUGGCUGUACAAAGAGAAAGGCAAUGAUGUUGCAGUUCUCCACAGCCAUUGGAGCCAUGCUAGGGACUGUGUGCAGUCUGUUGGCUGAAGGUGUCGGGGAAGCAGCUACGCUCUGGAUCCUCCCAUUUACAGCGGGCGGGUUUAUAUACAUUGCCACAGUUUCUGUUAUACCAGAACUGCUAGAGGACUCUACCCUAGGCCAGUCGGUAAAGGAAAUCUUAGCUCUUUUAGUCGGCAUAUAUAUGAUGGUGCUCAUAGGGCAGUUUGAGUAGGAAGAAGAUAUCAGUAGCUUUAAGUCAAGGAAAUGCUGUAAUGUGGCAGAUAAGAUCUAUAAAAAAUAUCAGAAAGCUCUACUAGUUUGAAUCAAGUUUUUUUUUUAUUAAAUACAGAAAACUGUAAUGUUAAAUUUAUUUAUUGAUCAGAGAGCUGAAUUGUUUAUUUGGGAUCUCUUUGUUUUAGUAAUCGAAACAUUCUGCAAAUCCUCACCAUGAUUCCUUAAGAAUAAGCUUAAUGUAAGUUCACAAGAGUUAGUGUUAUCAAAGAGAAUUAUUCAGUACAUGUUUCAGCUGUUAAUGAUUUUUGUGCUAUUGUUUCUGCAUGUAAGAGAUUGUAGAGAGAAAGAUUUAGAUGUACAUGUGAUGUUUCAGGAAAACCCCCAAUAUAGAGUGUGUGUUCUGGACCUGUUUAUGUACUGAUUGCUCUAUACAGAAACAGACUGAUGUAUUUAACUUACCUAAUUGUAUGUGUGAGAGUAGGGGAAAGGUUGUUGUUUACUUUUGUUGCUUGUAGUGGAAGUAUGUCAUGAUCUAUCACAAUGAUAUUAGCACAAAGUUUGCCAAUAUCAUUCUUCAUUGACAUUCAUAAUCAUUUUAUAAUACAGCUACUUCAACUCAUUGCAUUCAAGGAAUGCAAUUUUGAAGAAAAUUAACUGUUUAACAUAUUUUUUAUUUUCAACAGAACUGUUAUAUAAUAAGUACAUGAUUUACUGUAAUACAAUACAUAUCAGUUCAUGAUAUUGAAAGUUUAAAUUGGUAGGAGUUGACUUGUUGGACUUAAUGACUAGUGAUGAGAGUGUAAUAUGCUAGGUUUGAUGAGUAAUGGACCAAUCAGACUCAUGUAAAUCUCCAAGACUAAAGGUAAAGUUGUAGGCUCAUAUAAAACUAGUGUAACACUUAUAGGAUGGUGUGGAUGUUAAGACAUGUAUGUAAUUAGCAGUAUACAGUCAAACUAUCAGUGUGAUCUACUGACAAUACAUGUAGUCAUCACUACCCAGGCUGCAGGCCAUUCAGGUCUGUUUUAGACAAUUAUACAAGUUGUGUAUGGAAAUGUCCUGAGGACUAUGAUAACACUCUGUGUACAUGUAAUGGAUGAGUGAACAUGUAUUUAGAAAAGUUUGUGGUUGUGGGAAAAAAUGCUGUAAUUUGAUAACUUACUUUAACCCAUGUACUAGUCAUAGGAGGGCAAUGUUUGCUCAAAGUGUUUAAGAUCAUCUGACUGUAUAAUUCAUUUCAGUCUUUAGUGCUACAUGGAAGAUAGAUUUUGUAUACUGUACAUUUAGUACAUUCCAAAGUGAAUCAUGGCUUAUGGUUGAUUGAUGUUGUGUUAAAUUAUCUAAAAUGUGACUGUAUUUCCAUUGUAACACUAUUUUGUCUGCAGAUAUUUAACGUGAAGGUACACAAAAUGGAACACUUUUUAAAGAAAAAUAUAAAUAUUCCUAUUUAGUUACUGGAACAUCAUUAUGUUUUACUAUAAUGAAACAAUAAUUGCUGUGCUUCAUACAAUCUAGUACCCAAAACAUAACACCUCAUUAUGUAAGGAUAUGAAAGAACCUGAGAACAUUUCAAUUACUUGUCUUUGUUUAAUGUAGGUUUUGACAAUUUCAACUGAAUUUUAGUAAUUUAUUCAUUAGAAUAUUAAUUUUGAACUAUACUUCUCAAUGUUUAGACAUGUGUCAGUGUGAUAGGAUAUUUAUGCUUUUGCUUCAUACAAUCUAGUUGGAAUCAUUUUCAUUUAAUUUUCUGAAUAUUUUUAGUUGAGUUCAUGAGAUAUAUAUGAGAGGUAGGCAGUUCAUUGUCCGAUACCCCUUGCUGUUUUUGCUUCGAUAAUCACUUAUGAAAUGAGCGAAUAUCGAAGCGAAAUCCGCCGUAGGUAUCCGACGAUGUAGGCAGAUAAAAAUUGCUCCAAUUCCUAAAACUAAAAACUGUUCCAAUUUCGAUUUUGAAUAGAUGCCAUUAACUUGUAUUGCAAAAUUAAAUGCUGCAUCCUACAACUGAAAACUGUUCACAUUAGUCACAUCAACAGAUUUGAAAAAAAUGACCCACACAAACAAUGUACGGAUAGAUGUUUCAGUGGAAAUCUCAUGUGUGGAACAGUAACUGUUACAACUGUCACAAAGUAUAUGUGGUAUAUUCAUUGUAGUUUAAGGUAUGUAGCGAACUGACUGAUGUUUAAAGUACAGGCUGUGGUGCAUGAAUAUUUGAUUUGAUGUAAUAAACACAUUCUGGUACAUGUAUUAAAUAAAUGGUGAUAGAAAAG